CAAAAAUAUGGAUUGUGUACGUCUGUACGUGUAGACUGUUGACUUAGGUUAUAGUAAUUUAAAAUAAUUAAGAGCUUGUAAUCGAGGUAAGUAGUUUGGUUUGUGUAAAUAAUAGUAAUGGGAAGAAGUCGUUCACCUUCGCCUAGUCGAAGACGCGAUAGAUCGCGUGACAGAUCCCGAGAACGAGAUCGGGAGCGUCGAAGAAGGAGAUCCAGAGAACGUCGGGAUCGGAGGUCUCCUGAGAGAGAUAGAGCAAGAUCAAGGGAUAGAGAUUUAGAUAGACAUAGGGAUCGCGAUAGGCAUGGCAGAUACAGUAGGUCCAGGUCUAGAGAAAAACCUGUCAGGUCUAAGGUCAAGCGUAAUGAGCGUCCCAUCAUCACAGAGGCUGAUCUGCAAGGAAAGACAGUAGAAGAGCAGCAAAUGAUGAGGACGAUGGGUUUUUGCGGUUUUGACACCACCAAGGGCAAAAAAGUUGAUGGCAACGACGUUGGUGCUGUUCAUGUGAUUUUGAAGCGAAAGUACAGACAGUAUAUGAACAGAAAAGGUGGUUUUAACAGACCUCUGGACUUUGUUGCAUAACAUUGCAACACACUGUAUUUUAUUUUUAUUAUUUGUAAUGUUUUUGUGAAUGAACUAAAUUGAGCUAACUAUUUUUAGUAUUAGGUCAUUCCUAUUUUUCACUCUAUAUACAAACAAAGUAAAAUUAAUCUGAAUAAUAGCAACCAUUUUAAUCUUCUUUUAUAAAUAAAUUAUAAUAGACAAUUA